UACCGAGGAAACCUUGCUGACUUCUGGAUUUACAGCCAAUCAAAAUACAACCUGCUUGCACUUUUACACAUUAACUUCUUGGCUAGGUUAUAAUGCCAGUAUUAAUGAUUUGUUUAUAGCUGGAUGACAUAAAGGCAACGUAAAAGGGAUUUGGAUUACGUUUCGAGUCUGUGACAAAGUAACAUAAAGUAAAGCUAUCUUACAGAAGAUAAGUUCACUAACCAAACGUCCGAAAUAAAGAUGUCGGCUACAAGUGCAUAUUUGGAAAAUCUAAUAGAGGAAUGCGGAGGAUUUUCCAGAUUUCAAUGGAUCAUGUUUUCCUUUAUGAUGUACAGUAAACUCUCUGUGACUUGGACGAUGAUGAUGAUGACAUUUGCCGGCGCGAUUCCAGAUUGGCAGUGUGGAUUUACAAACUAUUCGAAUCUUAGUACGGACCCAUCAAUAGAAACAAAGAAUAUAUAUUAUAUAGAUGAAACGUGCCAUCCUCCAACAAAUUCAUCUAUUGAGAAUUGUCAGGAAUUUAGAUUUUCGGAAAGUAUGUAUACUGUUGUUGAUGAGUGGACGCUGAUAUGUGACAAGGACUGGAUAGCCUCUGCAAUCACAACUAUUCAGAUGGCCGGCUUACUGAUCAGUUGUGUAUUAUCUGGGCAUUUGGCAGACCAUAUUGGCAGGAAACCGACAUUUUUUCUGUCGUUGGUCGUACUGACGGUACUUAAUGUUGUGGCGGGGUUUUCGACGUCAUGGCAAAUGUUUGCAGUUCUUCGUUUCCUUCUCGGCUGUGGUAUUGGCGCCAACCUGACUGUAUUCUAUAACUACUUGAUCGAAUUUAUACCUACAAAACGACGGUCAGUCGCCAUAGCAUUUCCCUCAUGGCCACUCUGGGCAUGCGUGUUUGGGUUAAUGUCGAUGUGGCUACAUGACUGGAAGUACCUCCAUUUCUCGAUAUCUAUACUGCUACUGCCCUGUCUGUUGAUGUGGUGGUUCCUGCCAGAGAGCUUCCGUUAUCUUGUCACCCACAAACGACUAGAUGAGGCGAAGGAAGUCAUUUACAAAAUAGCACGAAUCAACGGCAAACCGGAACCGGAUAUGAGUAAGAUGAGUUACCUUGUUGAGGAAGACCUAAAAGUCGACUCAGAACGGAAGUACAGUAUACGAGAUGUAGCUAUGUCCCCACAUUUACUGAAGAGUACGUGCUUACUGGGCAUUGCAUGGAUGUCUUGUGGGUAUGGAUAUUACGCGAUUUCAUUCGGAGUUCAGAGUCUAUCUGGAAGUUUGUACCUCAAUAUGUUUCUGCUGAGCGUAGUUGAAAUUCCAGGACAGGUAUCGUCAUACUACCUCACUAAUCGAUUUGGUAGAAAAUGGGUGACGUUGUUUUUGCUGUUGUCGGCAGCCAUAACAGGAUUUGUUGUGGCAGCUUUACAAAUAUCUGAUUUGGAAAUGAAGGACACCCUGAUCAACUGGUUCGCCCUUGCAUCAAAGAUGGGUGUGGGCGUUGGCUGGGGAACACUGAUCAUCUUAUCUACGGAGACAUACCCUACUGUAGUCAGAAAUAUCGGGUAUGGAAUGCUAAACUCGUUUGCUAGAAUUGGAGCAAUGGUGGCCCCACAAAUAGUAUAUUUGAACAGCUACAUACCAGGCGCCAUGUACUUUAUUUUUAGCGGUGUAAUGGUCAUAUCAUCAAUCGGUAUGUAUUUCAUCGAAGAAACAAACAAAAAACCUAUAGAAGAUGGUAUAGCAACAGAUGAAAAAGGGAGAAAGGAAAUGCGGAAUGUCCAAGGCCUUGCAAACGAAGCGUUCGACACCAGACUGUAACAUUAUCUCAUUAACGUGUUGAUUUCAUGUUUGAAACAUAAUGUAUAUAGGAAUAUGUAUUUGAAGCGUCUGAGUCUCUUAUAUGUCAAUAAUGCCAAACGACAGUCAUGACGACUUCUAUGAAAGUUGAGACUAUAGUGAUUAUAAGUGUGCUGUAGUGAUUAUAAAGUAAAACAAGUGUAUCAUGGGUGAGAAACAUGGUUACUUUUAUUAAGCAGAAACUUUUCGGUACAAAUCUGAACUACAUGUAUAUAUAACAGUGUAAAAGGUGAAUAUACAUUGUGAAUAUGUAUUUGAUAUAUGUUGUUAGUAGAUAAUCACACAGUUGUGUAGGCUUUAAAAGUACUACUACAUUAAAAAAACACAAUUAUUAAAUAAUAGAAUUAUUUUAGAUCCUGCUCAACAUUUGGUUUGACCCAUUUUAACUUCCUAAAAGUCCUGUGAUGCCACGACCAUGAUUACAGUGAUGACCUCGUGUAUCUCUGUCUUUGCAAUCCUUUAAGUGUGAUGUCAAUCCUGUCGUUUCAUUUCAUUUUAACAUAUUUUAUUGUAUAACAUCUAUACAAACGGGUUAGAUAGAAGGCUAGGCCUAUAUAAGUCUUCCCCAAUAUAAACAGAACAAUAGUAGAAUUAUAUUAUAACAAUUGAAAGUAGAGAAGUAUAAGAAAAUCGCAUAAUGUACAUUGUAAAAUCCUUGUAAGGUGUAUUGCGUUAGGAACAAGGUAUUGCAUUUGUAAAAUAAACUAGGAUGAUUGAAUUUUGAAUUUUUUACAGAUAAAAGAAGAAUACUGCUUUUGUAAUACGAUUGGUGUAAAAUAUAGCGUAUUUAUUUGUGUUGUUAUAUAGUAAGUGAUACAAUAGAUACCAAGUACUGAAUAUAAAACUGCAUGUAACCGCAUUAAUAUAGGGGAAUACAUGAAUAUUCCGCUACUGUAAUGACACAUGUAGGUGACAUACCCCGUGGUAGCCUGGGUCAUGAUAUCUAACAGUAUGAUAUACAUAUUUGUAGGCAGAGUAACAGACACCAGGUCAUAUAUAUCCUGACCCCAGAUUUUCAAACUGCGGCUGGUAAAUGCAUAAACAGCUUAACAAAAUAACAAUAUCGACAAACUAGAUAUGAGUGCCUAUAUAAAUAACUUACAGUUAAUAAAUACAACGUACUGUAAAUAUUCAGGCAUACGUUCUCUUAAAUAGAUUUUGUAAGUUCUGUAAAGUUAAUAAGAUUUUAGUGUGAAUUGGUAGUGAUCACAAUGUGCUGUGUAAUGACAUCCGUAUUAAUUAAUUAGGAAACCCGGAUGAUUUUUUAUGAUGAAUGACGGAUAUAAAGUUACAUAACGAUGCAUCAUCAAUGCAUUUGUGGUGAUUUAAAACAGCUUUCUAGGUGUAUAUUUUGUUCAAGACGAUCAAUUGCUACAGCAAACUGCGUGCAUAAAUGUAUUGCUAUUAUUGCGCAUUAGAUAUGGCAAAAAUGACAUUGUGGUUUGUUUUUUGUGAAUGUCCACUAUAUCAUGGUAUGUGUAGUAGGACACCACUUACUACGCUGAAACAGUCGACAUUAUUUACAUUAAUGUCGUACAUUGUGUUAAUACAAUGUCCACAAUCCUCAUGUCUUGUUUUUUAAUGUUGAUGAUUUAACGAGUGGCUGUAAGUGAAGAUGUUUCGUAGGCAUGUAGUAAUUGCUUUGCACUUUAUAAAAGGGUCAACUACAAAUCUGCGGUCGCCAAUAUAAACGGAAUACUUUCACCUAAACCACUCUAAUCAUGUUGUGUUGUAUACGGCAUUUGUUUUUGCCCGCUUUUAAACCAACAAAUGUCAGUAUGACAGAUUACACAAUUUCCAGACAUCGAACAUGCCUUUUAACAUUAAACAACACUGUUUCUAACAA